AUGUUGCGAUUGGAAACAGAGUUUAUUUGUUCCGACUUGAAGUUUUCAAAAUAUGAUGAAAAAGGCUUGAUAGGAAUUGCAUCUGAUACAUUUGAAACAAAAUUUGUUGGUCAGCUAAAUUAUUGGAGGUUAUCCAGCGUUGGACAAUUAGAUGAAAUUCAGAGCGUAGGACUUGAUACAGGUGGUACCUGUGUAUCGGAAACAUCCCAUCAUGAUUCCUUUUUAAUAACGGGACAUACGGAUCCAAUUUUGAGGCUGUGGACAUUGAAUGAAUUAAGAAAGCCUAUUAAAAGAUAUACACACCACAACAUGAGUAUUGAAGAUGUGAAUGUUUCACCAUUUGAUGGAAACGAAUUUGCAUCUUGUAGCAAGGAUAGCAGUUUUGCACUUUGGGACAUUUCUCAAAGUGAACCGAUAUUUUCUGAAAACAAUGAAUCGUCCUUUCCUGUGUUGGGUGUCACUUAUCAUUCACAAAAUCCAUCCUUAAUAUUAGUUGCACCAUUAGAUACACGAAUUGAAUUAUGGAAUAAGCAGGAGCAAAAACGAAUUUAUACUAUUACACCUCCUGAUGACAUAAUUUUUUCUUGCAUGUCCGUAAACCCUUACAAUGAAUUCAUGCUUUCAGUUGGUGAUGAGCAAGGAAUGGCCUAUAUUUGGGACCUAAGGUCAUUGAAAAAACCAAUUCACAGCUUCCAAGCCCAUGGACUUGCAGUUUCUCAAAUUAAGUUCAAUCCUCAUGAUGAAAAAAUUCUUGGAACAUCAAGUACAGACAAUUAUUUCCAUUUGUGGCAUGUAAAUGAAGGAAAAGAAGAAAAGGAGCCAAUCUCAUGUAUUAAGUCUUAUAGAACUCACUCACUACCAAUUACAACAUUUGAUUGGAGUCUUCAUGAAAUUGGAUUAGCGUGUGACGCCUCUAGUGACUACAGUAUUUUUCUUUGGAACAUUAUUCAAGAUGAAGAAAAUAAUUCGUUAGUGAGCUCCGACACUAUGUCCAAAAAGUAA